AGUAAGGCCCUCCCCAACGGCCGCGACCCGGCCGCCUGAGGAGGAAGGCCUCCGUGAGGAGCGGGGAGGCCCGGCCGCCUCCAUUUUUCCCCCCCCGCCCACUCCGGCGGGGUUGGCCGGCGGGAGGGCCUCGAAUCCCGACCGCCGUCUUCACGCCAUCUCCAGGGAUGGGAAGUUGCUAGCCACCGUCGAGCUUGGAGUCCGUUUGAUUCAAAAUGGCAGAACUGUUUAUGGAGUGUGAAGAGGAAGAACUAGAGCCAUGGCAGAAAGGCAUAAAGGAAGUUGAGGCUGAUGACGACGACGAUGAUGACGAGCCAAUCUUUGUUGGAGAGAUCUCCAGCUCAAAGCCUAGUUCACAUAUUUUGAACAGAGUCAACCUCAGCUCGUCCUCCCUGGAAAUACGGAAUGGGGCACCAAGUAGAGUUACUUCAUUCAAGCCGUCGAGUCAACACUACAUGACUCCUGCAUCAACCCCGGUGGCCCUUUCCCCGGUGGCACUGUCCCCGAUCUUCCAACCCGUACCCAGAUCGCCAACUAGCCCUGUCGUCGUUCAGCCACUGGCGAGACCGGGAAGCAUUUCUGGAACGGCUCAGCCCCUCCCGAGAUCUCUGGCCGGUUGUCUAAGUUCUGGACUGUCCCAGCCAGUAACAAUUCCAGUAUCGGCAGAGCCCGUGUUAAGAAAUAACACCGUUCCCCUGAUGCCUCAGCCGGGAUCUGGGCCGGUGGCACCUGCCCAAUCCAUAAUACUAAAUCAGGGUUACCUUGUGAGCUCACCACAAGUUGUACCUAAUAAUUCUUCAGGCAUACUGUUUGGCUUGAGGCAGAGUCCGGGAGUACCACAAUACCAAGGUGGACCAGUGCUCACUCUAACAGGUCCAGGUGAAAGUUCUUUUGGACUGAAGCGCCCAUCUACCUCUGAAGUAAGCAGUGUUACUCUGAAGAAGCUCAAGCCUAAUGAGAGUGUUCCUGUUAGCAGUACCCCAUCCCUAGCUCCAUCUGUUAAAUCUCCUACAGCUGCAUCGUCACAAAGUUCACCAUUAAAAGGUGUGAAUUCCUCAACAAGCCAUGCAAAAAAUGGGGCACCUUUUCCAAGGGCUUGUCCAAAGUGCAAUAUCCAUUUCAACCUAAUGGAUCCUUUAAAGAAUCACAUGAAGUAUUGUUGCCCAGAUAUGAUUGAUAACUUCUUUUUGGGAGUGGAUAAAACAGAGCUUUCGAGCACAAGUAAAAUUCAGAUUGCUGAUUCUGAGAAAGGGAAAUUGAUCAUGUUAGUUAAUGAGUUUUAUUACGGAAAACACGAAGGGGAAGUCCUGCAAGAACAGAAGACUCACACAACCUUCAAAUGUGCCAGCUGCCUGAAAAUUCUUAAAAAUAACAUCAGGUUUAUGAACCACAUGAAACACCAUUUGGAGAUUGAGAAGCGGAGCAAUGAAAGCUGGGAAAACCACACCACCUGCCAACACUGCUAUCGGCAGUUUCCCACACCCUUCCAGCUGCAGUGCCACAUUGAAAGUGCCCACAGCCCCUACGAAUCUUCUACUAUUUGUAAAAUCUGUGAAUUAGCAUUUGAUACGGAACAAAUUCUCCUGCAGCAUAUGAAGGACAAUCACAAACCCGGUGAAAUGCCGUAUGUUUGCCAGGUUUGCAGUUAUCGGUCCUCCUCGUUUUCAGAUGUAGAAUCCCACUUUAGGACAGCGCAUGAAAACACUAAGAACUUGCUCUGUCCAUUUUGUCUCAAAGUUAUUAAAACUGGAACGCCGUAUAUGCAUCAUUAUAUGAGGCAUCAGAAAAAAGGAGUCUAUCGUUGUACAAAGUGCCGACUGCAGUUUUUGACCUGCAAGGAGAAAAUGGAUCACAAGACUCAGCUCCACCGAACGUUUCGAAAACCUAAACAGUUGGAAGGAUUGCCUCCUGGGACAAAAGUUACUAUUCGAGCUUCUGUUGGAGUUCCAGGAGGAUUGUCUGUUACACCUUCCAUCAGCACCAGCACCUCUACCCUUCAGCUCUCCCCCCCAAGGACUAAAACUAGUAAUACGAAAACCCACACAAAAUCUCUUGGAAAUAAAUCCAGGUCUCGAGCGAAGACUUCCAACGUGCCGAAGAAACAAAACACAUGGACGGCGAGUACUACCAAAUCAAAUAAGGCUGUCAAUACAGCUUUGCAGAAUAUAAGGUGUCUUCGGGGAGUCCACAAGUGCAUCGAAUGUUGUUCAGAAAUCAAAGAUUUUGCCAAUCACUUUCCUACUUACGUCCAUUGUAGCUUGUGCAGAUACAACACUAGCUGUAGCAAAGCCUAUGUCAAUCAUAUGAUGAGCUUUCACAGUGCUCGCCCAAGUAAAAGGUUUCAGAUUUUUAAGAAGCAUUCAGAAGAAUUGAGAGGCAUUUCUGCUGUGUGCCUUAACUGUGAUUUCCUGGCCGAUGGUUCCGGAUUAGACAGUCUGGCUAGCCACUUGUGUGAAAAAGAUACCCACACUUGCCAAGUGGUGUUAGAGAAGGUUUCCAUAGGUACCUCAUCGCCCGAAAACCUUUCAGAGUUAAAGAAUGAAAUCACCGGUACAGAACAAGAAUCUCAGCUUGAGAAAAAUUCAAGACCUAAUACGUCUGACGGAAAAACAGGAACAUCAGCUUCUGAAAGCAAAGCAGAAAGUGGGUCUUCAGGGGAGGCAGAAAGCAAAAGCAUUGGACAACCGGUGCAAGUCUCACUGGAAGUGAAGAAUGAAGAAAGAAGAGCAGCUUCAGCUAUGAAAGGGAGCUCCGCUCAAGAAAGCCAGGACAAGGGCAGUAAGCUCUGCCUCUGCUUUGAUUUGCAUCCCAGUGAUGAUGGAGCGGUAAAGAAAGCACCAAGGAACUGCACGUGUGGUGAAAGUGAAUUGCAGACAUACCAAAGCACGGAGGCUCCAAACCCCAACGACCAGACGAAAGAUUCCAGUUUUGGAGACGCGCGGCCUUCUGGGAGGAACACUAAGGAGUUAAAACUGACAGUGAGUGACGUGAGCUUUGAGCAAUUUCUCAGAAAAGGAGACGAGCCAGAUUCGCUGAGUUCUGACAUCAGUGAGCAAGGCAGCAUUCUUUUGGAGCCUUUGACUCCCUCUGAGGUGCUGGAACAUGAAGCCACUGAGAUUCUCCAGAAGGGCGCCCUGGCAAAGAAAGCCGGCCUCGCUGCCGAACAAACUGAUGACAUUCCAAGAGGAAGCAGUCCCGGCACCACAAAGACAGCUGGAAAGCAGACAGAGGAGAAGGAAGCAAGUUGAAACUCCGUCCGUUUCUUUCCUCAGUUAAGUGAGAGCCACCACCAUUUCAGACCCACUCCUGUUGGGUCAGCCCGACAGUACUUUUGCAGAGCACUGGAACGGAAAGGCGGGAGAAGAGUUGGGCGUCUACUACGUUCGUACGAACUAGGUUAUUGAAGUAAUUCAUUUGACAGACGGUAACACAGUGGGGCAACAUCUGUAGUCCAGAUGGAGGGAUGAUGGCGUGUUUGGUUGAAGGCUCGAUUUUGAAAUGGCGGAGUUCUGUUCCAACUGUCACUGUUUCCGGGAGAAGGAAUUGUGGAAAUUGUCAUUGUUCUCCAUGAUGGGAACGGUUUGAAGCCGCACGUAAUUCCUGGUCCUCGUUUGGGUCGUCAGUUUUCCUUCCCAACCCCCCGUUUUUAAGGAUUUAAGGGAGGGAAAGAGAGCGUCGGUUUGGAAUCGUGAUGGCUGAAGUCAGAGAAGGUUUUACUCAAAAGUGUAACGCUGAGGUGGAUGGUAGGCCCAGGGAUAUAUUGAACAAGUGGCGGUUUGGAAACAUGUUAACUUGUUUAGGAUUCAAAGCCACAUUCCUGUCUGUCAGAAGCAUGUAAGUGAAUAAUAUAAAUCCCCGCACCUCUGUCCAGGUGGUAGCCUGCCAGGCCGUAAGCUUACCUUAAUUAAACUUUCAGUGAAAGUGAAAUCCUUACGAUAUGUAUAUACAUAUAUGUGUAUAUAUAUACAUAUAUAUAUUUUAUGGUUUUUGUUGAUGUGCAAGCUGGGCAGAUACCUGGCAUUCUGGUUGUAUAAAAGUAGGGUUUCAACGCUCGAAAGAACGUAGCCGUUAGGCCUUGUUUUAACGAUCUUUGUUAGCGGUAGACCCGUAAAAGUGGUCUGUAAGUCAAGCCAAAGGACAGUUUAAUUUAGGAACUGUAAAGCAGUGAGCAAGAAACAUGUUCUGGCGUGUAUUUCUGCCAAUUGGAAACUACUCGUAACUAUUAAAGACUUAAGGGCAUCUAAAUCAGCAUGGCAGGGCCUUUUUUCCCUAGGAAGAGAAGUUCUGUUUACAGGCGAGAUGAAAAACACACAGUGCACACUCAGUAAGUGUUAACAGUGCGGGCAGGAGGGCACACCCCUAGGCUAGGAAAAGAUCAGUGGAGAGGGGCGGCUUUUAAAGAGCCACCUUGCCCGUCACCACGUAACAGCUGUUCAGAAACCCCCAACUUUGGUGUCUGUAGCCAGCUUUCCUGCGGAGUCGGAUUUUUUUUUUCCCCUCCCCUCAUUCUCCUCUUCCCACCCCGGCCCCGGCUCACAGGCAGGCUCAGACCCUAAGGUUGUCUGGCUCCGAAUCUCUUCUUUUUCUCCCUUUUUGUAGAUCGCAAACAUGACAGAGGUGAAUAAAUCAAAUUCAGACAGUGCCUAAUUUACCAACAGGAAGAGGCUGUUGAAAUGAAUUUGGGGUCAGCGAGCCUAGGCCUUGAGCAACUAGAAUAGGAUUGCCUAAUAUGAUUAACAGUCGUUUUGCUAUGAAAUUCUAACAGACUUCAUUGAAAAUGCUGCAGUUUUAUUCCCUUGAAAUGUGCUUUGGAUUUCAACCUUUAGUUUUUGAUGAAUGUUAAAUGUUUUGAACAGGUAUUGAAAUCCUGCUGUAAAUAAUAGUUUUUAAGUAAAUAUUUGCAACAAAAA